AUGUCAGAGGAACUUAAGGACGAAGUUGAGGCCAUCAACUCCAUCUAUGGUGAUGGAUGCUUGGUGCAAUCAAGCGAUGAUACCAACGUCUACAUCUUGACACCCCCUGGAGAAUCUGCUUCUCUUCGAAUUCAAUUUCCUCCCGCUUAUCCUGCUGAGCCUCCAAUGGUCAUCGGUACUAACAGCACCGGCGAGCAUGGAAAGAAAGGAGAUGCUGUGCGCGAGCUCUCGAUCCUUCGGGAAGCCGUUGGAACUGUCUUCGAACCCGGAAUGGUCUGUGUGUUCGAUGCGAUUGAAGAGCUCACAAGACGGCUAGAAGAGUCCAUGGAUUUCGAUCAGGUGGAAGAAGACGAGGUAACGCUUAACGAGCCUCAAGAAGACAGCCAGGCAAAUCCGAACGUUGUGGACUUUUCGAACAUGCCAGAACCGCCGUGGAUCAUAUCUGACCCGGUUAUUGAGUUGAAGUCCACUUUCAUUGCUCGCUGCGCAGCUGUGUCCUCUACCUCGGAAGCGGAAGCCUUCGUACAGCACUUGUUGUCUACUGACAAGAAAGUCCGGGUCGCAACACACAAUAUCACAGCGUGGAGGAUUAAGGGGCCGAACAACACAAGUUUCCAGGACUGCAACGAUGAUGGAGAGACUGCAGCUGGCGGGCGUCUUCUUCAUCUUAUGCAGCUUAUGGAUGUCUGGGAUGCCAUGGUUAUCGUGACGAGAUGGUACGGUGGACAUAAGCUGGGACCACGUCGUUUUGCUCUCAUUAACCAGGCCGCGAGAGAUGCUUUCAUCAAGGCUGGUUUAGUCGAAGAGAACUCGGCAAACAAGAAGAAAUCAAAGAACUGA